AACUUCCUGUAAAACAAACAGCGCGUUGGUCAGGCAAAAGAAGUUGAGGCUUAGGCAAUGACAACAGAGGAAAGAUCCAAACUGUAAAUACAUUUAUUAUGGAGAACUUCAUCCUUUAUGAUGAGCUAGGGUCAGGUAGCAGGUCUGUGGUGUAUAAAGGCCGAAGAAAGGGCAGUCUUGGUUAUGUAGCCAUUAUCUGUGCCGAUAAGAACAAGAGGCCAGAAAUCACCAACCAUGUACGCCUCUGCAAUGACCUGGACCAUCAGAACAUUGUGUCCUUCUGCGAGUGGUAUGAAACCAGCAAUCAUCUGUGGUUGGUCAUGGAGCUCUGCACAGGUGGCUCCCUGGAGUCUGUGAUUGGCCAGGAUGGCUGUCUGACAGAAGACAUGGUGAGGUCCUUUGGAUGGGACAUAGUCAAAGGGCUGAAGCAUCUCCACCAAUCAGGAAUCAUCUACUCUGACCUCACUCCUGCCAAGGUCUUGCUGGACGGGGAGGGCGUGCUGAAGCUCAGUAACUUCUGUCUGUCCAGGGCAGCGGGAGAGACCCUGGAGGAGUUCUUCACAAUGCUGUGCCUCUCGGGCCAGGCAGGAGGGGAGGGCGGAGAGGGGGACCAGGAGGUCUCUGAGAGCGGCCUCAGGAAGAGGAUACGAGGUUCUCCAGUCUACAGUGCCCCAGAGGUCUUGCAGGGAGCCAAUACCAGUCCCAGCUCUGAUCUGUGGGCCUUGGGUUGCAUGCUCUACCACAUGUACUCAGGAAAGCCUCCGUUCUAUUCUGAAAACUACACUGAAAUGGUGAAAAUGAUCACGCACCAGGAGCCUGCACCCCUCAGACAAACAGUCGAGGAGUCUGAAUCAAGUCCCAGUGUUGAGUUCAAGAGCCUUGUGAAAGGCCUGCUUAACAAAAACGCCAACAAGAGAAUGGAUUGGCCAGAGCUGCUGGACCACCCUUUCUGGGCCCAAAUGAAGGAGGAGGAGGAGGAGGAGGAGGAGGAGGAGGAGGAGGGAUGGUCUGAAGAUGGAGAGGAAGAGGAUGAGGGAGAAGGCGAUGGUCCUGAUGGAGAUGACGCCAUCAGUUCAAGGUCCAACCCAAACCAAAGGCUCUCAGACCGAACGCUGGGCAGUGGGAGCGCUGGCCCGUCCUCCACCCAGACACCAGGCCACCGCCUGGGGCAGGACCCCGUGAGACGGAGGGCGUCCCACCCCCUGGCCCCCAGCCGCUCCUUCUCCCUGGAUAAUGUUUCAGAUCUAAGACCGAAGAGCGCAGAUAACGAUAGCUCUGAGGCAAUGUUCCUGCUAAGCAGCCGUGCGACCCCAAGAAGAGGCUGCAGUAUUCCGGACCCCCCCUCCCAGCUUCCUGCAUCCAAGGCCCAUGAGAGCGACCCUGGCAGCGACACUACUUCCUGUGUGGAAGCCCUGCUGUACACCGACGCGGACAUGACCGUCGCCGCGGUGAUCGACAACCCCAAGAUUCUGCACAGCCCGGCCGUACGGUUUGACCCAAAGACUCUGUGUGUGCCAGCGUAUUCAGGUACUCUCUGACAUCCAAGACGGUGUCAUACGUCGUGGAUGCACGUUGCAGCUGAUUCUCGAUAAUGGGAUGUUUGUUACCGUGGAUUUAAGAACCAUAGCAUGUCAUUUAUUGUGUAAACGAUAGGCUAGGAUUGUAGUUAUAGUGUAAUACAAUCACACCUCACUUUACAUUAUUGCACAUUAUUGGAUAUGUAUUGUAAUAAUUAUAAUUAGGGAUGACAUUUAUAUAGCAUAUUUCU